AUGUCGUCUGCCAAUGUCACAUUGGCAGUUCGCUAUCAAGAUUCUUUCAGUAAAGCUGUGAUCAAGAAUGUGGUCGUAGUACUUUUGGGAAUCUUCAUCAACUACAUCAACGGUGGUAUCAUUCACACCUUCUCCAAACAUCAGAUCUUCUACACAAAUCCUCGUUACAUCCUUUUCAUUCACCUGGUGGUCAACGAUAUGAUCCAGCUGGUUCUGAGCAUCAUCCUCUUCAUCAUCAGCUACACCAUCUACAAAAUCAAUGUUUCCAUCUGCUGCGUCCUCAUCCUGUUUACUCUCGUCACCACUGAAAACACCCCUCUCAACCUUGCCUGCAUGGUGGUGGAGUGCUACAUAGCCAUCUGCAUCCCUCUCCGUCACUCUCAGAUUUGCACCAUCAGGAGAACGUUAAUGCUGGUUGGAUUCAUUUGGGCAACCAGCAUGUUGUCCGUCCUUCCUGAUGUGUUUAUCACCCUGGCCACAGAGCCGCUGGAUUUCUUCAGUUCCAAAGUGUUUUGCAUCCGAAACACAGUUUUCCCAAACCCGGUCAUCAUACAGAAGCGGGAUUUCACAUAUUUAGUGUUUCUGAUUAUUGUUUGGUUCACUAUCUUUUACUGCUACUUCAAGAUACUUUUCACUGCAAAAACAGCAUCCAGAGAUGCUAAGAAAGCCAGAAACACCAUCACCCUACAUGGUUUUCAGUUGGUGCUGUGUAUGACAACAUAUGCAGCCCCUCAGCUGUUAAAUGUAGUGCAGCGAUUGUUCCCCAGGAAUCAGACUGACUUCUUAUUUGCUUACUACAUUAUAGUACAGAUGCUGCCACGAUCCAUAAGCCCAAUCAUCUAUGGUGUACGAGACAACACUUUCAGGAAUUACUUAAGAUGUUAUCUGAUGUGUAGAAUCACGGCAGUGUGGGAAACAUUUCCAAGGCCUUUGAAUUAA